AUGCUGCGAUCAACCGGCUUCUUCCGUGGGCUUGACUGUCCAUUUUACACGGAAUACACCGAGGGAAAAGGCAAUGGUUGCAACAGACCCUACUGUCACUUUAGGCACAGCCAGAAGAGACGACAGACAUACGGCGCUGCCAUCGAAACUAAGAAAGGUACUUUAUUCAAAAUUAAAAUCUUAACAGCUGAACAAGGUUAUGACCCUUUCAAACCUGAAGUAGUGAGACCUCAAGAGCAUCAGAAUGGAACAUUGCCUCCAUCAGGAGACAUCACCGGUGCUCUGGAGAUUGUCAACAGGGCCAUCGAGGAGGUCCGCAAUGAAGUGGAGAGGGAGAAGAAAAAGCUGUCUCGGAUCGGAGACGAACCGUAUGGUGCCAAUGGAAGAACAGUUGCGUCUUCCUCAGACUGUUUUCAAGGUCAAGCACCUGCUACACACUUGGCAUACGAUCCUGGCAGUUACCAAAUGACGUCAGGGGGGUAUAACCCCACCCCUGGUUUCAGCAAGUAUACACUGGAUUCGGACAGUCGGGGUAGCAAUAACAACUGCAUGGAGUAUGUUCCCACUUCAUUAAAAAGGAAUCCAUGUCGAACACAAACUCACCAAGUCCCAUCUUCUCCAAUUCCAAAAUACUCAACCAGCACAUCUUUAUCAACGUGUAAAUACACUGUAGAUACUUCGAGACCAUCUACAGACAUGGAAUAUGAUCCGCUCUCCAACUACUCUGCAGGAAUUGCGGUAAAGCGCAAGAGAGAUGACACCAUGUGUGAUAUUAAUGUUGAAGCCAAAAAGACUCAAAGACUUCCCAUGGUAGAUGACGCAGCUGUACCGUCUGGGAGAAAAUCACAGCAAGAAUGUGUGGAGACAAACAAGUACACAUUCUCUGACUCUGGUGGGGAAAGCUCUGGAACUGAGUACAGACCAACUUCACUUAGUAGUCUGCAGCAGAGAAAAGCCAACAGUAUGAUAAAAGUUGCGGACAGUGUGGAGGAGAGUAAAGGCAGAUCAAAGGGUGCCUUACAGACACUGACACAGAAGAAUAAAGAGGACUCGAAGACGCAAAAACCUCUACAGCAAAAGGUUGGCCCAGAGAAAAAGAAGGUAAGAAUUGAGAAGCCCGAGAAAGCAAAAGAAGGCCAAAAAUCUCUGACCAAAAAAAGUAGCAAAGAUAAGGGCAGCGAUUCAAUGAAGAAGUCUCAGCAUGACGGUACAAAAAAGGAAAACAAGAGUCAUGGGAAGACCAGUGAUAAAAAGAACAUUGUUAAAGUCAAGACUGACGAUAAAGUCAGUAAAGAGCACAAAAAAGAUGAAAAGAUUAUUUUAAAAACAAAGUGUACCAGGAAACAAGAUAAGGACAGAGAGAACUGCGCGGGGGAAAACAGGAGUUCCAAGACUUCGGACAAGAAACAAAGCAAGAAGGAGGGGAAACACAAAAACGGUCAAUUGGAUAGUAGUAAAAGUAGUAAAAGAGAAAAGGAUAGAAAGAAACUCAACAAAAGUAACUCCCCAAGCGCUACCGCUAAGAGUAAAGCUAGUUCCGCAAUCAGCAAAAGUAAAUCAAAACACAACAUUGGCUCUAAACAUGUGAAAAGCGUGGAGCAGAAACAAAGAAGUUUGAGUCAUGCCGAUCUUUUUGGGGAUGACAGCGCUGACGAGGCAGAACCAAUUAUGAUCGAUGACAGCAGUGAUGAGCCGGAAGAAGUGCUCGUGAGGAAAUCGGCUGACGCUUUGAAGAGGGGACAAAUUAAUAAGAGGAAAGCUUCUGAGUUGACUCUGUCUUCCUCUGAGGAAGACAAUGACAGAGCUGUGGAUGGGCUAGAUAAAGAUCCUGCGAUUGACCUGUCAAUGUUCCAGGAUGACUUGGAUUUUGACACAGAUCCCAUGGAGGAGUGUUUGCGGAUAUUCAACGAAUCCACUGAUGUCAAGAAGGAAGACAGAGGAAGGCAAGCUAAGGAGCCCUCCAGAGAUUUAGAGGAGGACAACGAGAGCACUUUAACUACUCUCUUCCCUGGUCAGAAGAAGAGAGUGUCACACUUUGUUUCCAAAGGAAAUAACGAUGCACCUUCCAAGAAUGUGGUCCGGCCGUACAGGAGACCCACAGCGCAGGAGAUUUGCUAUCAGCGCAUGCAGAUGGCGCAGCAACAAGCUGCUCAGCUCUCUGCUUCAGUCAAACCACCCGCACAGAGCACACCCAGCCCCAGCUUUUCAGGAGAGAAGAAGAGAAUUGCACACCGUCCCAACCCGUUGACAGUAUUCCAAAAGACAAGUUCUUCAGAUGCUAAACCAGCCAGUGGCGUGCCUGUUAAGACCCAAACCACAGCUGGGAUCUUGUCAAAGACCACGUCCACUGUUGCACAAAAACGGGUGGCUCACACACCCACCAUGAAGAGUUCUUCGAUGAAGCGUCCCAUCAUUCCCAUUGAAUUUGGGGCCAAAAUUCCAACCAUUAUUCGCCAGCGCUACCUCAACAUUUUCAUAGACGAGUGCUGCAAAUUUUGCCCAUCAGAGGAAGUUGCCUUCCAGAUGGGCCUUGACGAGGAGAAGCUGGUGUAUGAGCGCAGUAACACUAAGAAAAUCUAUCUCAAUGUUGCUGUCAACACAUUGAAGAAGCUCCGCAACAAGAGCAGCUCGUGCCCUUCAGUUAUCAAGGAUGCAAGUUUACCACCUUCCCGGAAGCCACAGUCCCAUCAGGACGUUCUGGGAGGCCGUCUUGCAGCAACAACUAGUUUCACUGUCAACAGGAUGGGAAAACAGCAGGAAGAAAAUCUCAAAGGAGCUUCACUUUACAGGAAGCUGAAGGCUUACCUGAUGACAGAGGACCAGCUGCAGGAGCAUGGGUACCCGCGAAUAAGCCCAAACAGUGUUGGAAAGGCUGUUCUAUACAACCUCCCAGAGAAAAAGGUCAUCAUGGACCCAUUCAUCAAGAUAUGCUGCAGAUGUGGUGCCGAGUAUAAAGUUAACGUCAAGGGUAGCUGCCUACGCAAAGAAGAAUGUGCUUUUCACUGGGGGCGUGUGCGCAGGCAGAAAGUGGCUGGAGGAUGGGAGACCAUGUAUAGUUGCUGCUCUGGUGCUGUGGGCUCUUCAGGCUGCCAAACAGCACAGCAACAUGUUCAAGAUGGGCGUACAGAGUCAUUAGACGGCUAUGUGACAACUUUCAGCAAAGGUCUCCCACCUGAUGGCAAUGGUGGAGUGUUUGCUUUGGAUUGUGAGAUGUGUUACACCAAGCAAGGGCUGGAGCUGACAAGAAUAACAGUCAUAAACUCAGAGCUACAGGUCAUCUACGACACGUUUGUCAAACCAGACAGCAAAGUGGUUGACUAUAACACACGAUUUUCUGGUGUGACACCAGAAGACUUGAAUGGCACCACUAUCACCUUGAGAGAUGUUCAGGCUGUGCUGCUCAGUAUGUUCAGCGCUGAGUCAAUCCUGGUGGGUCACAGCCUCGAGAGUGACCUCCUGGCUCUCAAGCUCAUUCACAGUUCGGUGGUAGACACUGCCAUUGUGUUCCCUCACCGACUUGGUUUCCCCUACAAACGUGCCUUGAGGAACCUGAUGGCCGACUACCUGAAACGCAUCAUCCAGGACAGUGUUGAUGGCCAUGACUCAAGUGAAGAUGCUACCGCCUGUAUGGAACUGAUGAUAUGGAAGCUAAAAGAGGAUGCAAAAGUCAAAAGAUGA